UAAAAAUAUAUAUUGUAAUAUUACGAAAAAAGUUAGAAUUUGUGAACUCCUGAGCAACCAACCAUUUGACUAUUUUAUACAAGAAACGGUAACAGAGAAAUUUUACACGUUCAUUUCCUCCGAUGUAAUUAUUCAUCACUGAAAGCAUAAGUAAAAAGAUAUCACGGAUCAAUUUUUUAUUAAAAUUACUCUAACAUAGCGCGACAUGACAAGAGGUCCUCGAAAACCUCUUGGUCUGGCGCAUUAUCUGAAUUAUAUAUACGUUGCAGAAACAUUUUCAUCUUCAAACGUGUUCUUCAAGUUCAGAGAAAACAGAUCGAUCGGCCGGUACCGCGAAUUAUUUCAUCAAUUGUGCACGCCCGUACAUCCGGAGGUCGCAUUGUCCCGCCCCGCAUCGGCGGCGCGGCCACGGUGUAUUUUUGUAAAUUUCUCGUCUGGCGCUGAUAAAAAAAUGAGCGCGGCCAGAGGGAGUGGGGUAGGUUAUUGAUUUCUCUGUAGGGAUGCGGCGGUGGGUCGGGGAUCGGUAGAUGGAUAGGUAGGUGGGUGGGGUGCGCUGUGUGUCGGCGGGGUGUCUCUCGCGUAUAUACCUGCGGGAGAGUCUACAGGGGGUAUAAAUAGAAGGGGUAGUUGCACCGUUGACCCAGUGUUGGGUUGACACACGGUCAGUUCAGUCACUCAAGGCAUUCACUCUCUCUUUCUCUCUCGCGCCGCACAGCCGCUGCCGCCACCGCCUCUCUCGUUGAUUUCUCUUCUUUUUCUCUUUCUCUCUUUCUCUCUCUCUCUCUCUCUCUCUCUCAUUCACUGUGCGUGCGAAUUGUCGAGCGUGUGUGCACACGUCCUCGCGAGUCUCUUGCUCCUCGAGUCCCCGUUAGUCUUACCAGGUCGCUCCGAUGCAAUCCUGAGCACUGCCCUUUUCAUACCCGCGUUCACUCGAGCGGCACGAUUUCUCAUCCGAAGGUGUCGGACAGCGGCGCACCUCGCCUCCUCCUGGUGUAUCGUCGAGGGGAUUCUUUUUACGAAUAAUAAGGAGACAAAGAAGAAUAAGCACAACCGUGUUCAGUGUUACGUCUUGCGCAAGGGCGUAUUCCUCCAGCUCCGCCUCGCCUCUGUCAUCGGCGCGGAUCAUUCGAAACUUCGGUCACACCGUCGUAACGAUUCAAGUGCAACGAGAAUCUCAGGCCUUAGCAGCAGUCAGUUUUUCUCAAGAAAGUGAAUUCUCCUCCAACUUAAACGUUUGCGCUUACCCAUUGGACGUCGAUCCCCGCAGCAUCGCAACGCGAUAAGCCGGACCUCGAGCUGAUUAUCAGCAAAAUUAAGGGUCUUCCUCUCAUUCGUCGCUCGACAUAAAGAUGUCAGACGCGCAGGGGAUCACGCAGGGAAUGGGCAACCCUUACAAGAUAGUCGACCACACCAGGGAGCGAAGGAAGGGCAUCACUGCUUCGUCGCUCAAGGAGCUGACCAACAUCGCGCGUAGCCGCCUAGCAUUGCCCGUGGACGCGGACCUGACAAUCGUACUCGAACAGGAUGGAACAGAAGUAGAUGAUGAAGAGUAUUUCGCUACGCUGGAAAGAAAUACAAGCUUGAUGGUACUGCACGGCGACCAGAAGUGGCUCGCGGCGGGAAGCAGCAAGGCGACGUCUCGCUACAUCGUCGUGGACGACGUGGACAACGUGGAGGGUAGUUCAAGGAUCGAUAAGAUCCGACGACAACGAACGCCCAUCGAACCCUUGGUGUCGUCGCUGCAUGGCGAUCCAUCGCAUAUCUCGCUGCUCGGAGGCAACGACUUGGAAUUGCUCAGCGAUAUGGACCCGGAUAGUUUAGCCGACAUAGUGCCUGACAGACUCUUCCUCGAGCAGCUGAAGGAAGCAUCAGGUAGAUUCCUGGCGGAGAAGCGACAAGCGCAAGAGUCCAUGGCUCUUCUUCAGAUGUAUGCAAGUGGUGGUGAGAUGGAGCGAGCGUAGGCCAUGUGGGGGGUGGGCGCCCUCACAUUGGCCAACAUGUAUAGAGUGCGACGUCGCAUAUUCUACAAAGGUCGACAGCUGCAACAAACUCUGAUCCUAUUCUGGAAUUGAGCCCAUCUGAUCUUAAUUUACACAAUAAUAGAGUUAAAACUCUUACCGAGAACACGAGCAUUAGUUGCGAAAAAAACGACAAUGCACACACGUAUCAGUGAUGAAGAUCUCGUAUUUUCUCUCGCGCAGAAACACGAUACGACGAGCACACAGUGAUAGAAAUGUUGUACAGAGACAUGAAAGGUGAGGAUAGAGUACGUUCACACACCCGGCAGCUUUAGUACUGUAAUAAUAUAUAGUUUCGUCUUAUACAUAUAUACAUAGAGGAAAAGUAGUAGUUCUAAGUUUUUUGUAGAAUUUUUUUAAUCUAUAUACACUAUAUUCAGUGGCACAACUAUGCUUUGGCAAUACUUUACAUCUUUAGUGAGCGUAUGGAAUUGCUUUGAUACAACGUAAGUACUUGCUACAUACCGACAAGAUUAUAUACACACGAUUUAGCUACUAACUUGUCUGAAUAUACCCAAGGAAGCUACAUAAAUAGCGGUCUCAAAGUGGAUAUUCCGUCGCGAUAUUGCCAUAUCAAGUAUUAGCGAAACGUGUUUUGUUUAUGGGAUUUUUGUACUUAGAUACGUCAUACCGAGAUUUAGUUCAACGAAGAUCGAUGGAAUAUUU